AUGCCGUCCUUUACCCGGAUGCUGCGUCAAAACGGACGCAUUAUAGGCCAUGUCAAGGACAAUGUAGCCUUUCUCAAUAACAAUCCCAAGCCCGAAAUCCCAGAACGAGACACAAGAGCAGGGAACAUAGGCCCCGUCGACGACAUCUGCGAAAACGACUUCCCAGAUACCGAGUCCCCGACCGCAGAACUUCUGCGCCUCUCGCAAUCCCCCUCGACGGUCGAGGUUCUUCAGACCCUGUUAGAUGAGCUUGGAAAGAAGCUGCGGGAGCGGAAGGCCGCCAUCAAUGCACUAGGAGAGGCCAGAGAAACAUUGGACGGUGUGGUGUGGACCAUUGCGCCCUAUGACUAUGCCAUGUUCAUGGCCGGCCAGGAGGUACCCCCUGAGGAGGAAGAGUGGCACGGAAUCUGCCCCAGGGCAAGGAGACAGGCUCAUGAAUGGCUCUACCAGAGAGGACGGGUCACGAGCCGCAUCGACCGCUUCGGUCAAGAGGUUGAAGAGCUUCAGCGGAAUAUCACGGCUGUUUUCGCCGCGAUGAGACAGGCAGAUGAUAUCCAAAACAUUUGUCGCCGAGCUUCUAUGGGCCCAGCCGAGCUUCCUCUCUGGAAGAUCCCAUUGGUCGAGAAGGCCCACGAGAUUCGGCAGAGACAGUCGGACCACGAGAAUAUCCUUAAGGGAAGGGGGGGGAGCAUCAGGUUUGCAUCGAUGGAGAGUGGAUCAGGAUGGGCAUGA